AAUGGCCACAAUUUUCAAUAAUAAUGUUGAUUGUAUAAUUGAAAUACUAUCAAAAUUAUCAUUAAAUGAUCGUGAACAAUGUCGUCGAAUAUCACAUUCAUGGUAUUGGUCUGCUAACCGAUUGGCUUCAAUACAACAAGAAUUGUAUAUUAUUGGCCAUGAUCGUCAUCAUCGUUGUCGAAAACAUUCACAUAUUCCACAACGAAGAGAAAAAAUUAUCAUUGAUGAUAAUAAUGGUGGAUCAACAACAGAAUUGAAUACAAUAUAUUGGCCAUAUCCAUUUAUACGUUAUCAAUGUUAUUGUUUAAUAUUGAAACGUUUUCCAAAUUUACGUACCAUUGGUUUUGAAUCAAUAAAUCAUUGGAAUGAUCAUAUGAUUGAAGAAUUGAUUAUUAAUUGUCCACAUUUACAUUCAAUAUCAUUCAUUCAAUGUUAUGGUGUUGGCCAAAGUCGUAUGCAUGAAUCGAAUCAUAUAAAUCUAACAUAUAAUGGUUGGCAAAGAUUAAUACAUUCAUAUGGUCAACAAAUUCAUACAUUGAUACUCAAAGAUUGUCAAAUUGAUGAACGUCAAUUGGCCAUCAUUGUUGAUGGAUUUCGACAAUUAAUACGAUUGGAUAUAACUGAUAAUCGUUUGGAACAGGCUACAGCAUUGCGUAAUUUAUCGCCAACAAUUCGAUCACUUUCGUUGGGUAAUCAUUUUGGAUCUGAAAUGGCCAUUCAUGAUUAUCAUAAUGAUAUACAUUAUAUACCAUUAUCAUCGAUUGUUUCUGGUUCUGGUUGUUAUUCAAUAACUGAAUUAUUUGUUCAAGGUUAUCUUGACAAUCAAUUCCCACGGAUUGUACAAAUGAAACAAUUACAACAUUUAACCAUACAUUUUUGGCGUACAUUAUUCGAUGAACAUGAUUCCAUUCAAUGUUUAUCAUCAAUUCGUCAUUUAAGCCAAUUACAAAGUUUAGAAAUCUAUCAUCAUAAUACACAUGAUACAUCAUUGGCAAUGAAUAAAGAAUUGUUGGAAAUAUUACGUGGCUGUCCAAAUCUUGAACGAUUAGUUUUUGAUUCAAAAAAUGGAUUCGAAUGUCCAUUCGAUGAUCGAAUGUUUGAAAGAAUGAAAUUGUACUGUCCAAAAAUGACAUCAUUAACCAUAAAUCCUGGUGAUUUUUCCACCACUAAUUGUUCAUUACAAACAUUGGCAACAUUUCCUCAUUUGAAACGAUUAAAAUUGAUUGAUUUUCCAGCAAUAAAUUCAGAAGGAAUUUUAUCAUUACUAAAACAAUCUCGUACAAUAACCGAUCUGAUAAUCCAAGAUUGUUGUUAUAUUGAUCGGCCAGAACAAUUUAUUCAAUCAAUCAUCGAUGAUGUUCAUCGUAUUCAAGAUAAUAAUCCAUUACGUCGUCAUUUAAAUGUACGAAUAUCAUCAACACAAACAAUGUAUCGAUUUUUAUCAUCGAAACCAGAAAUUCAUUCAAUAAAAUUAGGUGGCCAAAAUGGUGAUUCAUGUUUAACGAUGAUUACUAUUUCACAGCCACCACAAUCAUCAUCAUCAUCCGUAUAUUCAUUAUUUACAAAUUCAUCAUCAUCAUCAUCAUCGUCGUCAUCAUCAUCAUCAAUGGCAGCCAAAUUUAACCAAUCAUCUAGAUAUCUGAAAUAUUUUGGUCAAUUAUUUUAUUUAUCGAAUGAAAAUUUUACUAGGACAUUACUAUCAAUACCGGAUAUUGUAUCGAAUGGAAUGAAAAUUUUAUCAACAUUAACCAUUAUAUCAUUGGUUUUAUUAUGUAUUUUUUACAAUCAAUAUUUACCAAUUAUAUGGAUAGAUCAUUUUCCACCAUUCCUUCAUCAUCAUCAUCAUCGUCGUCGUCGCAGCAAUCUUCACCACAACAAUCAUCAUCAUCAUCAUCAUCAUCAUUACAUUUGA